AUCAGGGGGUGGGGCGACAGAUCGGGGAGUGACAGACAGAAGGGGGGAUUCGGGUGGACACACAGCGGCUAACGGCUAACGGAGUAAAUUCAGCCCUUUAAAUAUUUCCUCACACACACCGGACACACAGGAAGUGUGUGAAGGUUUUGUGAGCAGAUCCUCCAUCAGCACUGGUCCUUAGACGCAGAACCCGUGUGGAGAACCUCAGCACGACCUCACCUCAUCUCUCAGCAAUUUCUCUCUCAGUGGUGUGAUAACCGAUGGCCCAGAAUGUCUACGACUAAUAACAUAGCACAGGCCAGGAAACUGGUGGAGCAACUGAGAAUCGAGGCAGGCAUCGAACGUAUCAAGGUGUCCAAGGCGGCCGCUGAUCUGAUGAGUUACUGUGAGCAGCACGCACGCAGCGACGCCCUCCUGGUGGGCGUGCCCACUUCUGAAAACCCCUUUAAAGAUAAAAAACCCUGCAUCCUCCUAUAGCCACUCACCCUCUCCUCUUCUCUCUCUCUGCCCUCUUUCUCUCUCUCUAUCUUUCAUCCAUCCACCCAUCUAUCCAUGUCAUUCUCUUUAUAUGUCUGUCCAUCCUUCCUGCUUUAUUCAGUUUUGUUCCUAAAAUAACGCACAGUGAAGCAGAGAAUAAACGGUCUCUCUCCUCACUGAGAGUGAGGGGUGUGUGAUGAAUGAGAGACGGUGAAGGAAAGGAUGAAAAGACGUAGAGACAAAUAGAGAUCUGUACAGCUGAACACCAGUCCGGCUGCGUCCCACUCCACAUCCUGUUCCCUACAUAGUGCACUCUUAUUCACUCCCACAAUGCACUGCAGCAGAAUGGCAUCCAGGGAGUAGGGUGUAGGGAGCGUGGUGCCGUUUGGGUCACAGCCCGGCCUACAGGUUCUCAAUAUGUUCCAUCUUUCUUUCUUUUUCUACUUGUCUUAUUUCUCCAGCAGAAGGUACCUACGUGAAGUUUUAUACACGCCCUCGCAGACAUCAGUGUUGUGGAACAUCUGAGUAAUAAUUCAGCAUGUGGAGAACCAGUGAGGGUUCUGCAGUACAGAGGUAUCGGUUCUAACCUACCUCACCUUCAGUUCUCUAACUCCAGUAAAAGUCCAGCUGGAACUCUGAUUGUAAAAGUCCUCGCAGAACCCACGAGCCCCGUGUAGAAACUUUGUUUAGAACAGUGUUGCGUGUGUGUGUGUGUGUGCGACUCUCUAACGCUAGCUGUGUGUUGCGCUUUUCUUUUGCUGUACAGUGUUUGAUAAAUGGAGGCACGGUUCUCCUGCGUUCUCUCUUCCUGUGAUCUUUAUUUCCUGUCCUAUUCCUCCUCACUUCCUCUUCCACACCCGGUGUUCCAGGUUCCACUCAUUAUUCAGUGUGUGUGUGUUCCUUCUGACAGUUUUAGGUUCUAGGAUUUUGGAUGGGAUUCUGUCAUCUCUAGGGUUCCGCAACAUCUGUUCUAGAGUUUUCAGCACGGUUUUACAAUCCGCUCCACAAAAGAUGUAGACUCUUCUGUGCCAGGGUUCUAGUAUAUGUGACAAAGGUUCCUGGACACUGAGGUGGACAUGUUCCCGAAACCUCAAGGCAAGGUUUAGAAGGUUCUAGACGCCUCAUGUGAAGAAAUCCUGGUUGUGUUGUUAGACAAGUGAGUAGGUUCUGGAACCUUCAGUGCAAACGGGAAAAAAGGUUCCAGCUCCGGGGCAGAAGGUACCUGAAGUUUCUGGAAUCCUUGGUGCAGUGGGUGUGAGAGCAAGAAGUACUGCCAAUGGGCCUGUGUAUUCUGGGGGUUCUGAAGGUUCUAGCUUGAAACGUUCUGGACUCCUUGGUGGACAGGUUGUAGAAUAUGAAGGUUCUAAAGUCCUCAGUGUGAUGGUUCUAGAUUGCUCAGAGUAACUGGAUUUCCACACCUGUUGAAAACGCGCGCACGCGUGUGUGUGUGUGUGUGUGUGUGUGUGUGUGUGUGUGUGUGUGUGUGUGUGUGUGUGGGCUAUGUCCUAAACCACUGCACUCCCACAGUGAACAGCGCUAACACGGCUCCUGUGGCUGUGUCCCAAACCACCACCCCCCAUAGUCACCGCACUACACCGUCAUUAGCCAGUGGUGCUAGCUACAUGUUUACGAGCCAUAGUGAGGGUUUCCAUGACAACCAGUCACAGUCUGCAAACUGGGAACAGUGAAGGUGGUUUGGGACACAGCCCUUAGGGGGGAUUGUGUGUUCUGGCUCUGUCCAAAUUCUGUUCCUCUCUCACCCCACCCUCACUUGUAGACUUUGGCACACAGUUGUCAGAUUACAGCAAUGCAUCAUGGGUAACUACUGCUCCUACAGUGAUUUACUGAUGGGGGGGGGGGGGGGGUUGAAGUGGAACAGCAGCUGAAGGAAACAACAGUUUACUGAAGUACGUGUGUGUGUGUGUGUGUGUGUGUGUGUGUGUGUGUGUGUGUGUGUGUGAGAGAGAGACAGUAAUCCAACCCCAGUUUAAUAAUAUGGCGGUUUGAAGUGACGAGCUCGUCGAGAAGAAAAACAACAUAGAAGUGCCAACUUUCAGUGAUUUUUUUUUUUUUUCAGGACCAAACAGAAUUUGUGUGUGUGUGUGUGUGUGUGUGUGUGUGUGCUGAUAACCAGCUAGGAUACAUUACGAUGUUUUGAACACAGACCACGUGAGUGUAUAAGGGAAACCUGCUGUGUUCCUAACACAGGCCUGGAGGGUGCAUGAACCUGAAAGUGUUCUGAGACCUGACCUCUGAUCUCACUUCCUGGGGUGGGGCCAUGAAAUAAUGUGAUUGUUUAAAUGUGUUACAUCACUUCCUGUUUGACAGUCCAGUAUUUUUGUACUUUAAAGUGAGGGGGGCGCAAAACAAAACCCAAAAGACUCGUUUAGGAAUGUAAGCAGCUCUGACUGAUCAGUAUGGUGCAAAAGUAAUGGCACCCUCAUCGCAAACAUUAACGAGACCAGCAAAGGGGCGUCUUCAUCAUAUCUCCUGAGGGAGGAGUUCACAGCGAAGAAGGAUAAAAAAACAAUCAGGUGCCACAGCGUGUGUCCUUAUGAUUAAACAGUUUGAAGGAAUAUGUAUUGAGAAUAAACAGUAGUCUUAAAUAUUUAAAUAUAUGCCAACUCUCAUGUUCUGUGUGUGUGAGUGAGCGAGUGUGUGUGUGUGUGUGAGUGAGUGCAGCUACUUUUUCUAAAAAUCCCAGACAGUGGAGAUUCAGUGCCAAGUUUCACAAACAGUUCCUUUUUCAGAGAUAUGAUGAUGAUAACUGUCAAGGCUGUGUGUGUGUGUGUGUGUGUGUGUGUGUGUGUGUGUGUGUGUGUGUGUGUGUGUGAGAAAGAUCCACCCUCAUCUGUUCUCUUCCCUCUUCUGUGCAUCCUUUCUGCCUCGAUUAUGAAGAUAUCUCUAUUUUUUGUAACUGUUUCUCUCGGAUGUGCCAUAAAUCAUGUUUUCUUGCACACUGUUAAUAUUUUGUGGAUUAAAAAAAAAAAGUUGCUGUUUGAAAUCGAGAAGGAAAAAAAAAAGACUAUUAAAGAAGUAGAAGUAAAUAAAGAUGAAUAAUGUCACUCA